AUGCGGAAGUAUGAAAUCCUUGAGACCUUUCUGCUCCACCAGACCUUCUUGCUGUCAGUCCAGGGGUUCAGACUUCCUAUGAUACAGGAUGACAUACAGAUCCAAGGUAUGCCCUAUGGGAACUGUUUACUUCUCAGCGAUGGUCCCGUCAAUAACAGCACUGGAAUCCCUUUCUUUUAUGUGACGCCGAAGGAUAACACUGUGGCAGAUCUCCUGAAGAAUCCCGUGGCUUCUCUGACCCUGCCAGAGGUAGAUGGAAAUUUCUGCAGAAAAAACGUAAUUGAUCCGGAGGAUCCAAGGUGUGCCAGGCUGACUCUCACGGGACAGAUGGUCACGGUGCCUCCGGAGGAAGUGGAAUUUGCCAAGCAAGCAAUGUUUUCCAGGCACCCAGUGGUAAGAAAGUGGCCUCGCAGCUAUGAGUGGUUCUUCAUGAAAAUGAACAUUGAACACAUCUGGCUUCAAAGCUGGUAUGGAGAAGUUUCUGCCAUUGCAGUAGAAGAGUAUUUAAAAGCAGUUCCAAGAUCUGAUAAAGGUUAUAGGAAACGGCCUGUGUUUCCUAUUUACGCCUCACAGUCUUUGUCUGGCCACGGGCUGGACUGCAUUGGCUGUGAGGACCGCGACAACAGUUUCCUAACCUGUGCAAAUCACAGUCGGCAUCAGUUUCCCAUUUCCAGCGACUCCAUGUUCUGA